CAUGUACACAAGCGAUUCAUUUGGCUUUCGGUCCGUGUGUGCGUUAUUGUACCCUGCCCACAUUGAAGACGCCGCGUUGUUGCAAGUGAUGCAUACUGCCGACCGAAGCCACUUCUUUGGCGUCAAGUUUGUCGCCCUCAACGCGCCCUCCGUGACGGACGAAAUCGCAUCGACCAAGGAGUUUUUGUAUGCUGAAUACAGUGGAAUGUGCGUGGAUGCUCAUGGCGUGUCGACGUAUUUUGUGCUCACGUGCCCGCUGUCAGUGACACAAGGCCUACGAGCGAACGCUGGUUGCGUCAAAUUGUAUCGCCAGAAGUCGCCGUUUGUCGUUGAUGUAACCACGCAAGCCAUCGUGUUGCAAAAGCAACCCCGCGGGCGGGGAAACCGAGGGUCGGUGGGACUGGCAGUUCAGUAUGCUCAAUCGCAAGGCCACUUGAUGUACUGGAAACCCCUGAACGUCCUCAUUCCCCGGGGACUGGCGAAAGACUUGUUGUCGCUUCCGCAUGAAGCCACGCUACCAGAAUCCCGUCAGUUGACCACGGGCUCCUUUGCCGAAGCAUGGGGACACAGCCAGAAGUGCGUCACGUGUCAAAAGUCAUUUUAUUUGUUGCGCCCGAAACACCAUUGCCGACAUUGUGGAUGGAGCAUGUGUGGGAACUGCAAAACCGCCCUGCCCUGCGUGGAUCGUGCUCGCGACGACGGUGUGUCUGUGUCGACUGAAAAGUUCUGCAAGUCGUGCUUGGUGCAAGCUCGUUUGGCGGCGCAUCGUGAAACGCAGCCGCCGAUUCUUCCGUCGCGUAGUGCGUUGAAGCAAAUUGACUUGGACGCGUUUGAAGCGAUUCAAUUGUACGACCCCCCCCACGAGCAGCGAAUCACGGAAGAGAAUCUCGACAUAUUCGAAGCCUCGACCAACCAACUGGUCAAGUUCAACGACACACCACGCAGACCGAAAAUGCAACCCAAUGUGCUCCACCCACUUCGAGGCACGGUACUGUUUGAGUCGCCCUCGCAACAGUACCCCCGCGGCAGUUCGAUGAUACGACUGUACGAUUUGUCUGCGACCCCCCCAAGCAACCAAAUGGACUUGUUGGCGGAUUACGAGCAGGUCGACAGACAUUCCCCACCCCGAUCGUCGUUGUCUACCCGUCCGUCGUACCAGCGUUAUUAGGGUUAAAUUGUAGAAUCUUCAUGUUAUACUGGAG